UGGACCUUGUAUUGGACAGAUUAUUCUGUCUCUCUGGAGCGGGUGAUGGAGAUGAAAAGUUAUCAGAAAAUAAAUCAUUUCCCUGGAAUGACAGAAAUCUGUAGGAAGGACCUUCUAGCCAGAAAUAUGAGCAGAAUGUUAAAGCUUUUCCCCAAAGAAUUCAACUUCUUUCCCAAGACUUGGUGUCUCCCUGCUGACUAUGGUGAAUUGCAGGCCUUUGGGAGAUCAAAAAAACAUAAAACUUACAUCUGUAAACCAGACUCUGGUUGUCAAGGCAAAGGCAUUUUCAUCACAAAAACUGUAAGAGAUAUCAAACCUGGGGAGGAUUUGAUCUGCCAGCUCUAUAUCUCAAAGCCAUUUAUUAUUGAUGGUUUCAAGUUUGAUCUUCGGAUUUAUGUGUUGGUGACAUCGUGUGAUCCACUACGAGUAUUUGUUUAUGAGGAGGGACUUGCACGUUUUGCAACAUCUAUGUAUUCCGAUCCAUCACAAAGUAAUUUGGACAAUGUCUGCAUGCACCUGACUAAUUAUUCAAUUAACAAGCACAGCGCUAAUUUUGUACGAGAUGAAGAUUCUGGUAGUAAGAGGAAGCUGUCUACCUUUAAUAAGUACAUGGAGCAAAAUGGUUAUGAUACAGGAAAAAUAUGGAAGGAUAUUGAAGAUGUUGUUAUUAAAACAUUGAUAUCAGCUCAUCCCGUCCUGAAGCAUAAUUAUCUCACUUGCUUUCCCAACCACAUCAUGUGGAGUGCUUGUUUUGAGAUCCUGGGAUUUGAUAUCUUGCUGGAUCGAAAACUCAAACCAUGGUUGCUUGAGGUGAAUCAUUCUCCAAGCUUCAGUACGGAUUCAUGGCUGGAUAAAGAAGUAAAAGACCAACUAUUAUAUGACACACUGAUAUUGAUCAACCUAGGAGCAUGUGAUAAGCGCAAAAUCUUGGAAGUAGAGAAACGGCGAGGAAAAGAAAGGCUUCUCAAGCAGUGUCGUAAUCGUGAAGCCAGAGCCGAGGAAUUCAAGAACUGCCAGGCUGUGUGGCUUCAACAAGCAAAGAUUUAUGAAGAAAACAACCUAGGAGGUUAUCGUCGAAUAUAUCCCAGUUCUGAUUCUGUCAGAUAUGAUAAGUUUUUCCAACAGAAUAGUUCGCUUUUCCAGGAAACAGCAGCUUCUAGAGCUCGUGAAGAGUAUGCAAGGCAUCAGCUGCAGGAACUGCGUUUGAAACAAGAACAGAAAAUAACAUUGAAAGAAAAGAAGACCGAAUUCCCAGGAGAGUCCAGUGGAGAAAAAACAAAGAUUCCUAGGCCAAAGAUGGUAAAUAGAUCAACUAUAUUGCCAGUCUCUACUCAGAUUUGUUCAGAAUCAGGACUGGGGACUGUUCUCCUGCUUGAACAUUUUUUGGAUGAACAAGAGCCCAAGAAAGAAGUGUUCUGUGAAUCUUCAAAUAUUUCCCUACAUAACAGCGCUGAAACAGAUAACCCAGAUUAUUCUGCAAAGCAUCCAGUGAGGCCCUACAGCUCUGUGCCUGAUUUGACCUGUCGGAAUUCAUCCAGCAUUCCAGAACAAUCUAAUUCCAGGCCAGAACUGAGGAAUACCACUAAUAUUCACCAUUCUGCAACUAAUAUUCAACCAUCAAAUGGAUCUACAAAAGCAUGCAGUAAACAAAACUCAUGCCAUCCUGACAAACAUUUUCCAGCAAUGAUCAAACAUCAUCUGAGGAGCAAAACUGCGAAAAACAAAGGUGCCUGUGAAACUCCAACUGUUAAAAAUUUCCACCCAUUUGGUGAAUUGUCUUUCCAAUAUGUUGGAAGAAAAGCAAUUUCAUCACAGUCAGCAGUCAAGGCAAUGAGAAAGAAAUUUUCUGAGAAUGGCAGGGAAAAAACAUCUUUCUUUAUUUCAGAAUUUUUCAGCAAACAAUUUACAUCAUCUGAGAAGCAAUUACAACAUCUCUGUCAAGUCCAGUCUCAACACCCCACCAAUCGAGCAAAAAGUGCUUACCUCUCCAGAGAAGUCGUAGGGACCAGAAGCACUUUUGACAGGAAACCAGCAAAAUACUAUAAUAUUCACUUCAGCCUGCAGAAGCCAACGAUUCAGCAACACGGCUUGCAAGAUUUGCUGGUGAUCUCACAGAUGAACAGCCAGUCAACAAAAGCUCGUAACCCUAGAGUGAAAAGUAGUCCUUAUUCUUAAGGGUCUAAAUGAAUUAUCUGCAAGCACUGGACAGCACUGAAGCCCAGAAGAAACAGCUUUCUAUUAAAGAGAACCGAGAACUAUUUGAACAAUUGAACUAUACAUUUUUCAAGCAUAAUCCUAUUGAAAGGAGCUUCCAUGCAGCUAAUUAAAUUUGAGCUAUGAAGUGAUAGGGCAUUUUUUAGAUUAAGUG